GAUUCCUCGCCUACGGUCGGAACACUUUCGAUUCGUUGCACAAACUUGUCGUGGCCAAAGCGUCUCCUUUUGCAUUAUUUGCACGACUUCGUGGGCUGUUUUGCAUUUGUCGAUGCUGAUACUAGAAAUGCAAUGAGCACCAGACGAUUAAUGCCAAAACUAGAUGAACUUUACUGUUUCAGUGCAGUUCCGGAGUUAAUCAACAACAAUCUCCUGACCGUUUGCCGUCGAUAGUCAUCGAUCUCCGCUGUAAGUAGAAACUUUUUCAGCAUUUCAGAUAAUCAAGGUAGUAAAUUUUACAUUUAGCACUCCCCUUGAUUCGAGAUCAACAAUUCAAAAGACACUAAUUGUGCAGUGGAUCCACUUCCGGCUUUGAACUGAUUCGUCUGUGGACCCUUCGGACCGUUGUAACAGCACGUUAGCGUUCAUAGUACUUUGUUUUUUGGCCGGAAAGACAAAUGAGCCUCCAAUAGAGUAACUUUAAGAACUUUCGUUGAUGCCGGGUUUUGAUUAACGAGAAAACUAGAGCGAGUUUUCAUGUUUAACACGUGAACAUUUGUCAACUGAAAACGAGCCUUUAACACGAUUGUCGGCCAUUUUUAAGAAGGAUAAACAAAGGCCGGAGAGGUGCUUUGCAAGCACUUCUUAGGCAGAACCGAGUCACAACGAUGUUAUCCGGUUUUCUUAGUUUCUAUUCGAAUUGUAAAACAACGCAAGUUUAGUUAGAUUAAGAUCAAGAGUACAGUAUAGGAGUCAAACCAAUAGAGGAAUACACCAUACUAAUCAGGCCUACUCUCGGACCUUAACUCGCCGCGAGAUUGUGCGAGCUAAUGCGAGUUUAGGCGAGAUACGGAAAAAUUGAGCUCGCCUAUCAGUUGCAAGUUUGUGCGUGUUAAGGCGAGUUAAGGCUAGUUAGGGGAAAAUGAUCCACCUUAUGUUGAGGUUAUAAGGGUUAAAGUUUAUAAUAUGCUUUAGUAAUAUACAUAUAAAGAUGCCUUGCAAUCUUUGUAUGUCUUAUAUAUAUAGUAGGCUCCAUGCAUGUUGUCCAGUUAGGAAAAAAUUAAACAAAAAAUUUCAGAUGAGCUCCAAAGUUGAAUGAAGCCUAAUCUUGUUCACAUUUAUUAAUUGAAUUAUUUUCCUAAUUGGACAAGCUUAAGAAUGGAUAUGCUAGUGAUAUGGAGUCCUGUUCUUUAUUAAUAGACCUUGUCACGGUUUUCGACGCCAUCUUGACGAGUAGUCAAACGCGUGAGAAAUUACAGUGUUUGUAUGAGAAUCCAAUGUCGAGUGAUUUCUGUAAAACGACUUUUCUAAAAAAAAUAUGAAUUUUAAACUAGAGCUACACGGCAAAGGAUUUUACUAACAAAUUUUGUGAGCCGUUACUGUGCUUAAAUUUCUCCAGAAGCUUGCUUUAGAUUUUCCAUAUAUUUGUCUGCAAUUUUUCGUGGGAAAUUUUUACAGACAAAUGUAUAGAAAAUUUUAAAGAAGGUUCUAGGUCCUCUAGCGCAUGUGACGCCCUCAAAUUUUUUCAGUACAAUCCUUAGGAGUAAAGCUUUAGUUUACAAUUCAUAUGUUUUUCAAAGCAGCCGUUUUACGGAAAUUUUUCGACAUUAGAUUCUCAUACAAACACUGUAAUUUCUCACGCGUUUGCCUACUCGUCAAGAUGGCGUCGAAAACCGUGACAAGGUCUAUUAUAUAUCAUUUAGACACCAAACUAUACCAUUUGGUGGCUGUAUCAUAAUAAUAAUCAUCGUUAUCAUCAUGAUAUAUUAUUUAUUAAAGCUAUAUAAUAUUUUUGCAGAAUAAUAAAUUACCAGUAGUGAAGAAAAAAAAUGAAAACAAAACAAUCAUGAAUUGAUUAAAAAAAAUGUGGCUGUAGUAUAAGCACAGGAAGGAUAUUUUAUUUUAUUUAUUUUUGAAUCAAUAAAACUGUUUUAAUGGCAGGGCUUCUGAUAUUUCGCGCGGGUCGCGGAGCCGCGAAAUUCACAAAAACACGCAAAAUACUGCGAAAUUCGGUAGAAAUCUUAUCAAAUACAUGUCUGUACAGCAAUUUUGAAACUUGUCUCAGCUACUGGGGGUAUUUACUUGCCGUAAACUCGCAAAUUCAUGUCACAACUUCGUCACUGAAACGUGGAAAGAACGUUCCGAAACUACCAGGCGUAGAUUAUGUUGCGAAAAACUGGGCACUAGCCAUGAUGUUAAAGGCUUAUCUGGAGCGUAUUGUUGUUGAAAGAGCAAAUGAUGACUUCUGUUAAACGCUGGUCUGAUCAGCGGAAAACCGAUCGAUUUCUAGCGAAAUUUGCCCACAAAAUAACCACAACAUCCGCCGUUUUUUUACCGAUUGCUUACCGGCCAAGUUUGCCCCGAAAAUUACCGCGAAAUUCCCGCGAAAUCGGCAGAUUUUUCCGCGAUUUUGUCCCUAAAAAUGCCGCGAAAUUUGACUUUUUUUCCGCGACCUAUCAGAAGCCCUGUAAAUAGGCAGGUGAGCAUAAUAGGUAUCACAUGACAUGUCAUCAAUUGUUAUCACUAACUCCAAAAUUGAAAAAAAAAAAUUGUAAUAGUCUGUGUCAAUGUUCUUCAAAGAACUAGUAUAAAAAACCGGGUAAGCUGAAGAAUUACAUCAGCUGAGGAAAUUUUUAUGACACAAUCAAUUUUACUGAAAUGAAAUGACAUUUCUUUACCCCUUGAAAAUUAUAAAACUUAUCUUUAAGUCUUCCAUUUGAUCCAUUCUCUCCACUUCACUGAUGGUUUCCCUUGGAAUCCAGCUCAAUUGUUUGUUUUCACUGCCAGAAAUGAUUGCCUUUUCGUUUCCUCGGAUAAUCUAUGUUAAUUUCUUGCAAAUGAAGGCUGAUGCCUUUUCGCAAAGACAGUAGUUCCCGUAUUUUAGAAACUCCCUCCUUUAAACUUGGACAAUCCUGUGAGAGACACCUUGAUUUCUACAAAAGAAAGAAGGAUCAAGUUAACUGGAUGGUAAACUCUUUAUCAUUCUCAGCCUAGCAAAACAGCAAAAAAUAAAUGACCCCUUUUUCUGUUCAGGCUUACUUAUUUUUAACAAAGUGCCAGAAAGUGUUUAUAGUUGUGCAGAGGACUAUACCAUAUUUAACUUAACUUGUUUAACAACAAAACAAUCUCCACUAUCGGCUUUGUCUUCCAAACUCUUAAGAGUUGUCGUCACUGAUGAAUCUUUCCUGCUUCGCAUUUUUACAAAAUGAUCACCGGCUCAGGCGUUUUGUGCGUGUUUUCAUUGUCACGUACGCCACAUUGAAGCUUAAUUGCUAUACCUAAAACUUGCCAGUGGACUGGGAUCAACAAGGCUUUUACAGAGUUAACGUUGCAAGGGUAAAAGGCUUUAGCUUAGCUUACCUGCAUGUGAUACAUUUCGAAACUUCUUGAUUUAACAUCAAGAGUUAAUUUGCACAAGUUCUUCUCCUUUUGUUUUCCCGUCCAUCUUGAAAAUUACCCAGAAUGCAUAUCGAGGACAAUAGGCCGAGCGAGAGGGCCCUGGGAAGAUUCAAAGGUGCCAAAAUUGUACCUUAAUUCAGUUAAGGGCUAAAUGUAACAAGUCUUUACGAAUCAUGCCUGGGUUAUGGUUGCCAGUCUGACUACAAUGUAGGCCAUACAGGAUGUCACGUUGACCCAAUGUACAGAUCUUCUAGUACGAGGUAAAUAUUUAUAAGAAUUAUUUAUAAGAAAUAUAGACUGCAAUCAGUAUGUGGAGUAUUUAAAGGAUUCUCGAUUCUGGCUACAUCCCGGCUAGCCUUUCUUUGAUGAUUGUCAGCUGGAAUCCUCAUUAAGCUUCAUCAGAUUAUAAGAUGAUACGUAUGUUACUACUCUUCAUGUCAUAAACAGCUUGCAUGCAUUACAUUUGCAAAGUAAUAAACUUUAAACUUUCCAUUACAAGUAAACUUUUUUCAGGGUUGUCACUAAGAUUUCAAGUUGCCGGGUACAUACAACAAGUAGGCGGGGAAUCAAACGGCUAGGGAUUUCUUUUGGUUCUAUUUUUCUUCUAUUUUCCAAUAAAAGUAGCCGGGGGCCACUCUCUUAAGUAGCCGGGGAAAAUCCCCGGCCCCCGGCUCUUAAUGACAACCCUGUUUUUUGUAAAUCAUUAACCAGCUUAAAACUAAAAUUUAAUAUUCUGGUAUUAUGUUUUUGUAUUUCACUCUAAAUUCGAGAUUUCUUAUUUUAAGCCAAAAAUUAAAAACUAAAUCAUAGGAUAAUAUUUUUUUUUUUCUUCAAUUGAGAGAUUCAAAGCAAUCUUGAAUUUGGAGUGUUUCUUUGUCUCCCGUAGAAGUGUAGGACUAAAACUUAAACUAUUUUAUGAAAACUUUUUUGUGGAUUCACUGUUUGUGCUUUUAGUUAAUGUCACUUACUUUGAAUUGUGGACCAAAACACAAACCGUCAAUGUGGGAUUUGUAAGACCCUGUAACCCCAUGCCUCUCAAAUUACUGCCAUGCUUAUCAUUGAGGCCUUUUCAUUAGGCAACGAGUUAGUGCAUGUUCAGGCUGUUCCUGGUAGUUCCAUUGACAGUCCAGUUGUGAUUCCAAGGCAUGACAAUGUUAAGUAAGAAAAACCUCACGAAUCUUUAGUGGUGAAAUACCCUUACCACAGAGGCUAUUGGAAAUUCCAGAAGGAUGGGAUUGGUCAAUUACGUAUUUUUCUAAAGGUUAAAAACCCUGUUUUCCUUAAAAAUCACUAUCUUUUAAACUUCUGAAAUUUGUAUUCUUUGGCGUCUUCCCUUUAUGGAGUAAUUGCGAAAUUACACUGAGAGUAGGAUGAGACAUUAAAAUUGGUAUCCACUUGGCAGUGGCAAGAAUUGGCAAGUUUGUGUGAGAUAAUGCGAGUUUAGGCAAGUUAAGGCAAUUAAAGAUAAGGAAAUUUGAAGAUAAUCUCAAGUUGCGAGUUAGGGUAAGUUAAGGUGAGUUAAGGUCCCAGAGUAGGCCCCUAAUCCUUACAGAUCACAGAAUUAGCUUCUCGCCGUAAAUUUAUAUAUGAUUUACUCUCGACAUUAUUCAUUUAUAAUCAUGAUUCCUAGGCUCAGGGCUGUGAAGUCAAAACAUCGCAAAAAGUGAAGGUGUACCACAUAUCCCGGGUCGAACAAGCUUGAUAUUCGUAAAAAUCAAUUACUGAAUCACUUUCUUAGUUUAUAUACACAAAUAGUUUGCAUUUAAAUGUUUUCAACAACAGCUUCCCUACCCGUCUUGACAGUACAGCCAUUGGAGCAGUAGAGAUCACUAGAAAAAAGGGCCAAGGAACGUUCAAUAUACUCUGCUUUCACACAGGAAAGUGCAUUGUCGUUAGCAGGUAAUCUCUUCAGUUACUUUUGUAAAUCCCAUACCCCAUAUGAAAGGGGAACUGACAAUAUUGACAAUAUUGACAAAAUGAACUAGACAUCAACAGCUGUAACACAUCUCCUUCAAUCUGGUCCUUGCCCUGUUUGAUUCUACUUGUUUGUCUGGAGUGAUGCGCCUCUCUUUUCUUGCAUUGUUGAUAACCUCUGAUUUUUGAUAUCUUAUCUUUCAAUUAUUAUUCGCUUUAUUUGAUUCCUAAGCCUCCCAACUAGAGAAAUGAAAAAAAAAAAAGAAUUGUCAGAAGAGAAAUAGACUUAUAGUAUUCAAAACUUCUACCUGUAGUUUUAUUAGUCCAGUUAUCAUUGUGUGUGUGUGGUUUUUUUUUCAAACUAUCGUUAAUAAUUGAUCUUUUUUUUCUUUCAGCCAUGGCGGAAGACAGAGGGAUCGACGCCACCUCAACAGUUGAAAAGGUAUUUAAGCUGCUGCAUACAAAAGUGUGAUGGGUUGCGGUUAUUACUGAGUUUAAUUUAUUGUACCCUUUGUUCUAUUUUAUCCCUCUGGCUGCAUAAUUUUAUGUUAAUUAUUUUUUCUUUCUCUUAAUUUGGUAAUUUUGGAAGUAGAUAAGUAGGGGAAUUUUCUCAUUGUUAAGGGUCGAACUUAAGAAGCUUUGUGGUGCCAUUUCAACAUGUCCAUUAAUAGAAGUAUUCUAUUGGGUCCUAUUUCAGUCGUCUAAGAUUUCCACUCUUCUCGAAAAGGAGCUCUUUUAAAGGAAUUGUUUAACCCUUUUUUGGCUGGGGGUCUUUUUAAAUCCCUGCCCCCUGACUAAAUAGUUGAAUGACUUCAAAACCAAUUUAGCUAUGACCACCAAACUUAGUCCCGUUUCCUAAACAUUUUCGGGAACAUUUUGAUAUCGUUGUGACGUGUAUGUCAACACUGACGUUGCCAUGGUAACUGAGUUUUGACAGCCAUUUGUUUCAAAAUUUGCUUUUUCCAUAUAAAAAGGGUAUAUUUUUAUUUUUUCUUAUUACGGUAAAUGGCAUUAGACUUAAUUUAGGCAAUAUUUUACAAACUUAUUUUAACUGUUAGUAUAAUCCAGGCUUUUUAGUGACCAAUCUGCAAAAAAUAAACAUGAAUUUAAAAUGACCAAAUAGAAGACAGGGCUCGAACUUGGCGGUGGUCUACUAGCCAAAUACCAGUAGAUUUUGAUUUUUGGCUGGUGGAUUUAGCUCAUUUACUAGCCAUCUUGGCUAGUUAAAUUUUGCGCCUGUAAACAACAUAAGCCUUGAAAUGUUUUCAACAUUUUCCCAGUUGAUCCGCACCUUCUAGUAACCUCUUAUUUCAUUCCCCCAUUAACAACUGGCAUGAAUAAAAGAAAGAAAAGUAAUUCGACAUAAGAAUAAUAUUUGUUAAUUCGGUUUUCAGUUUCGCGUUUAUUCGCUGCCAUCUUGAAAUUUUGUAUGACCAGGGAGCAUGGGCCAAGCCAUACCCAUGAUGCAAAGCUAGCCAAAAAACAAAUGUCCGCCAUCUUGAAAUGCAAAUCUACGAUCACAGUACACGCUUGAUUGUCAUGAAUAUGCAGUUUUUAUUAAUGUUUGAUAACAACAGGAUUUUUGACAUUUUAAUUUUAUUUUAUGCUGUACAGAAGUGCCUAGACUAGUAGAAACACGUUUAUGGCUAGUGAAGCCCGAGCAUGUACUAGCCAUUUGACUAUUAAGUUCAAAAGUUAAGUUCGAGUCCUGGAAGAUGUUUGGUUCAAUUUUUAAUAUUGUUAAUUUAUCUCAGAAUUUCACAACUUGGGGAUUUCUUUUUUCUUCCUAAGCAUCCUUUUAUACAAAGAUUAAUUUUUCUACCACGAUUACUUCAAUUUACACGGGUCUACAUUUAAUUAGUUCAAAUUGGCAGAUUUAUGAUGGCACAUGGUUACAGAUCCUUCUGUAAUAAUAAAAACAUAUGACGUCAUCAUGACAUCACUGCUAUUGUUAAAGGUUAUUUGUAUUUGCCAACGUCUUGAUUUUAUUAGACACCUAUGGAAUUUGGAUUCUGCUAAUAAAUUUGACAAUAUGACAUCAUAAUGACGUCAAAUUACGAUGUUGGAAAUGAUGAGCGGCUGUCAUGAGCAGUUUUUUUUUUUCCACAGCUUUAUUGGGUACUCCUCUUGUAACAUAAAAUAUAAAUUUAUACUACAACACACAAAAAAAAAGAAAAGAAAAGAAAA